AAGAAAGCUGAUUGGCCGAGGCCUAGCAAAGGGUGCCCGGGGAUCCAAAACUGCAGGCCGCACUUAGCUUACCGUCAAAAAUAAACCAAAACAAUAACAGACAAAACUGAGAAGGGGGAGAAACACCGAUAGAGUCAGAAGAGGACGCUAUCAGGGAUUGAUUAACUUGAUGGAAGGAAGCACAUCAAUAACCCUGUUGGUUGUAUUCUAAGGGGUUUGUCAUCAAAUGUGAAGGCUUUUCCCCAAGUAAAGACAUGGAUCAAGGAGGAGGAGUGUUGGAGCUACACACUCAGGAGCUUAAGAUGCCCCACGCUAUGAUCAUGCAAGACUUUGUUGCAGGCAUGGGGGGUCUGGCUCACAUCGACGGGGAGCAUAUUGUGGUGUCUGUGCCUGAAGGUAUGCUUCUUUCUGAUGUGAUGACGGACGAGGGCAUCCUCCUGGAGCAUGAGCUUGAGGUUCACUGCCUGGAGACUGAGGUGGUGGAAGAACUCGAGACGGAAGUGGUGGAGAGCUUACAUGCAGACGUUGACUGCUUGGAGGCAGAAGAGGUCGAAGGGAUAGAGACACAUGUGGUAGAGCUGGAGGCUCAUGUUGUCGAUGGCGAGGUGGAAGUGGAGGGUCUGGAGUCGCAUGUGGUUGAGGGCCUGGAAACUGAGGUUGAUGUCGAAGACCUGGGAGUUCACAUCGUCGAGGGCCUUGAGGAAGAAGUGGAAGUGGAGGGUUUGGAAGCGGAGGUUGUUGAAGGCCUGGAGGUAGAUGAGGAGAGUCUGCAGUCGCAAGGAGUAGAAGCCCAUGAAAUUAGCUCUGAAGACAUGGUGACCUCAGAACACAGUGUGAUCAUGCCUGAGAAUAUUAUGGGCACAGAGGUUGCAAUAGAGGAAGAUCUGGACCCCCAUCAUCACCAUCACCACCACCAUCACCACCAUCAUCAUGUCCUCACUGCAGACCUCAUCCAGGACUCAAACCACCAUCAUGAUGACAUGCCAGACCAGGUGUUUGUGGCGGAGCUGCUGUCUGAGCACCAGGACAACACGCUGGACCACCAGCUCGUGUCAGAAGGCUUGAUGGUGACCGAAUCCAACUCGGAGACCAUCAUCCACCAACAGAUGCCAGCAGAGGCUGUCUCCCUGCAGACGGACGAGGACGAUGAUGCGAGAAGCAGCUCUGAGGAUUACCUCAUGAUCUCCUUGGAUGAGGUGGGAGAGAAGCUGGACAUAGGAGACACUCCCCUGGAGAUCAGCACUGAGGUAAUGGAAGACAAGGAGUGUAAAGAGGAGGACGGCUCCGAGGUCAUCAAAGUCUACAUUUUCAAAGCUGAAGCAGAUGAUGACUUGGGUGGAACAGAGGUGAUAACAGAGGAUGAUUACCAGAAUGGCCAUCCUGACCUGGAAGCUGCAUCGUCAGGCAGACUGGGAGUUGGCCGUGACAAGAUGGUCUACAUGGCGGUCAAGAACCAUCCGAAAGAAGAAGAGGAUGAUGAGGAUGACAGUGACGAGGAUGACGAUGAUGACAUCAGUAAUACCAUCGAUCAGGUGAAGAAUGGAGCGGCUUCACCGUUUCUGCAAAUCCGAGAGGGACUCGGGGACAACCGUGUCCUUAAACCCAAAACUAAGAAAAAGAAGAAAGGAGAUAUUCGACAGUCUCAGACUGCUGUUAUCAUCGGACCAGAUGGGUUGCCCUUGACUGUCUACCCCUGUCACCUAUGUGGAAAGAAGUUUCGCUCAAGAGGCUUCCUCAAAUGCCACAUGAAGAACCACCCGGACCACCUACUGAAGAAGAAAUACCAAUGUACAGACUGCGACUUCACCACCAACAAGAAAAUCAGUUUCCACAACCACCUCGAGAGUCACAAGCUGCUGAGUCACAACGAGCGCUCUCCAGAAUACAGCGAGUACGCGCGGCGCUACCACGAGUCCAGCCCUCUGGGCUCCGACAAGCUCAUCGUCAAGGACCGGGAGAACAAACUGCAUCACUGCAAGUACUGCGAUUAUGAGACCGCUGAACAGGGUCUGCUCAACCGUCACCUGCUGGCUGUGCACAGUAAGAACUUUGCACACGUGUGCGUCGAGUGCGCCAAGGGCUUCCGCCACCCGUCAGAGCUGAAGAAACACAUGCGGACCCACACGGGCGAGAAGCCCUACCACUGCCCGCACUGCGAGUUCCGCUGCGCAGAUCAGUCCAACCUAAAGACUCACAUCAAGAGCAAGCAUGGCGCCGAUCUGCCUUUCAAGUGCAGCCACUGUCCGCAAGCAUACGCCGACGCACGGGAACUCCAGCGGCACAUAGAGAUGGUGCAAGGCCACAAGACCCACCAGUGCCCACACUGUGAGCACAAGAGCACCAACUCCAGCGACCUGAAACGACACAUUAUCUCUGUACACACCAAGGACUUCCCCCAUCAGUGUGACGUGUGCGAGAAAGGCUUUCACAGGCCCUCGGAGCUGAAGAAGCACGCAGAGACACAUAAGGGCAACAAGGUGCACCAGUGCCGACAUUGUAACUUCAACGCCCCGGACACCUUCACUUUGAGUCGCCACAUCCUGUCCUUGCACACGAAGGACCUUCCCUUCAAGUGCAAGCGCUGCCGGCGAGGGUUCCGGCAGCCGGCGGAGCUGAAGAAACACAUGAAGACACACAGCGGUAGAAAGGUUUAUCAGUGCCAGUAUUGUGAGUAUAACAGUACGGACGCUUCUGGCUUCAAACGCCACGUUAUCUCCAUUCACACCAAGGACUACCCACACCGCUGCGACUACUGCACCAAGGGCUUUAGGAGGCCUUCGGAGAAGAGCCAGCACAUAGCCAGGCACCACAAAGACAUGUUGAUGUAAUGUCAUCGCUCACACACACACACACACACACACACACACACACACACACACACACACACACACACACACACACACACACACACACACACUCCUCUUCCCCAGUAAAUCUGUGUCACACACCCAGAGGUAAUUUUAGUGUAUUAACAAAGAAAUGACAGAUGUAUGCUGUUGAUAAAGACGACAACAUCAUAAUUGCCGUUCUGUGUUCUGUGUUGUAAUGGGUGUAACCCUCCUCCCCCAGGGGUAAUGCAAGAACACAUUUUAGAUGGGGUGAAGUGUAACAAAAAAAAAGACAAUGUGUACACUGAGUGGGACAGCUGUAAAUUGUGUUUCGUUUCGUUGCAGAAAAUCACAUAUGAACUUAUAUUCAGGGUCUCAAAUGUCUAUAUUUUUAUACCCCACUCAGCGGAAGUGCUGCAAGAUGAUGACUGUGUCCUGUAAAUCAGAAAGUGGUGCUUAGUGAACGUCAUGCCAGUUCUUCAGAUGAUGUGGAAUGUGCACCGGAGAAGUUUACCUCCAUAGUACACACUAGCAUCUCUGUCCCUAUUAACCAGCUUUGCCCUGACAUUUCUGUUCAAUGCCAUCAUGUCUUUUAGAGGCAGGGCCAUUCAUGAGAUGGUUUUGAGUGAUGUUGACACACAUUACGCACCUUGAGAAGAUAGUCAAAUCAUCAAAGUCAAGUCAUCAAAUCUAACAUUUCAACUUCCAUCAUUUGGGAUUUUCCUCCCAAGCUUGAACACUUGGAGUUCCACUAAAUUAAUCAUGUAUGAUAUAGGCUGUAUUCUAUUAAAUAUGUCUUAAAGUUGAAUCAGAGAUGUUCUGGUCUGAUCAGCAGUGUCUAACAAGGAGGAGAAAUGGUGUCGCUGGUAUAUUAGUAGAAUAUCCCUUUAGUGUACACAAUAGUUCACAGGUGUAUUUAUAUGAACUUGGCAGAUGGUUGGCUUCACGUUCGGUAACCUUUGACCUGAUUACAUCUGGCGCCCAUAGUAAGCUGCAUAGUGCGAUGUUACCUAAAGCUAAAUGUGCUCUCGGCUAACAUCGACUGCAAUCAUGCCUUACAUCUGUCGCUCUCUUUCCCUUAAGCACUGAGGAACACAGCUAAUCAGAAAGGAAGUGAUUUUUAACUCUCAAACAUACUGCAUCAAAACCAUUCUCUCAGAGAUUGUGUGUUUGAGUCAGUAGAAAGCACUUUAAUAACUUUUAUUUUAUUUUUUAUUUUAAUUACGUGUGUGUGCAUAUAUAGAUAUUUAAAUAUAUCUAUAUAUGAAACCUAGAUAAUAAACAAUUACAGAGCUUUGUGAGUUGGUAAAAGAAAAGUUUGUUUUGAGUGUUAUCUCUAAGUGGGCACGAUCCAUUACUGUAUGCAGACGGAAUUGUAUUGAAAGUGGUGGGUUUACCAUUUAUUGUUUUGUUCUAUGGAUAAGUGAUCUGGUUUUGUGUUUUGUUUGUGCUCGCUAACAAUUUUCCCCGACCCUCGUUAUUAUACAACCCAAAUCCCAACCAUGGGAGUAUUCCCUUCAGUCAGUUGUCAUAUUGGCAUUAGUCUUUAAAGUAUGCACACAUGCUGUCUCCAUGAAAUUAAAUGUGGUAUAUAUUAAAGAUCCCCACAUUUCCUGUACCUUAGUCUAUAUUUUCUUUCAGUCUGAUUGUGGGUAAACUACUGGUGGGGAAGAACCAAAAUAAACAAUUAUCUUUUUA